GUUUUGGAUGAUGGAUUAGAGAUGGGUUACAUGGCACUAACAUGGAGGGUCAUGGUGGUCAUGAGGGUCAUGACCACACCCUAUAGCCUUAUUAUGUGGAUGUUUUAUGCAAAUAGGUGGUCCUGAUACAAUUAUUUAAUUAAGUAAUCGUUUUAAUUUAGUUUAAUAUAUGUGGUCUAAUUAUGAUAUGUAAGUUAUUAGUCAUAUUUUCAUUUAUUAUAGUCAUUAAAAUAGUAAAUUAUAUGAACAUCAAAGUGAAAAUUGCAUAUUUGUCCUAACAUGUAUUUUUAAGAAAUUAACGGGUAUACCCGAUACCCGUGGGUAUGCCCGAUACCCGACGGGUAGUUACCCGAAAAAUACCCGACGGGUAACGGGCCGGGUAUGGGCCAAAGAAUUACAACUGGGUACGGAUCUGGGAUUACCAAUACCCGGCCCAAGCCCAGCCUAUUGUCAUUCCUAAUAAAUAUGGCAUAAAAUCGGUAUGAGGUUUAAAUGUUUGAUCCGCCGCUCAACGACAUCUCUUGUUAUUUCAUGUGCAGCUUCAUUGUACGGUUUUAACUCUUUUAUUUCCCGCACCUAGAAAAUAUAAAAACUGAUUAAAGUAAUGUAUUUUAUAGUCAUUUCAUUGUAUACUUUGAAUUAUUAACAUAGAAAUAAGAUAUGUAUAGAAUUCCCUUUAGAAUUUAAGAAGUAAAAGUAUCUUCUUUUAGAUUCCUUGUAGGUGUUGUGACGUUAAGUUAAACUUGAUUGAACUGUGUAAAGUUAUUUCUUGUUUUAGCUUCUUGUUAGCCAGUUGCUUGAAAUAUUACAUUCGACAAUUAAACGUUGAAAAUUUUCAUUUUUUAAAUGACGUGUAACGUAUGACCAGUGGCGGAUCUUGAACUUAUAAAUAGAUGGGCCAAAAGUUUUAAAGAAAAAAACAUAUAAGAAGGGUCGGAUCCAAUACAUAAAAAAUUUUUAAAAUUUUCGGUAAAAUUUACAUUGUUAGGUGAAAAAAACAUAGGAGUCACGGCCCAUCUGGGUGUUUGGCAACUUCUGAAUGGUUAAGUGCUGAACCAAUAAUAGGUCUAAAUCAUUAAAUACUGAACCAGUAAGAGGUCUGAACGAUUAAGAGCUAGUAUAAUGUUUAACCGUUCAGAGGCAAAUGUUGGACUAAUUCAAAUUAGAUGUCUUAACCAUUCAGACUCAGUAUAAUAGUUAAUUAUUCAGAGAAUGUCUGAACUAUUCAAACAUUUGUUGGCGAAACAAACAAUCUGAACCAUUAAGUGUUGAACCAGUAAGAGGUCUGAACUAUUAAAAAUCUCAUUAAAAGCUAAACCAACAGCCACUAAGUAGCUUUAAUACAUGAACGAUCUAUAUAAGAAAGAUUCAAAUACGUAGGAUGGUAUUAUAUCAUAUUUUGGAAUAAACUUAAAAGUUACAACAAAUAAAGGUGAAGAUUCCUUGAAUAUCAAGUUUCAAACCACUUUAACCGUUAUUAAGGUUUCUGCAAACGAAAGACAAGGAACAAGUCGGUGUGCCACACAUCAAGGGUCAUACACAUGCACAUAUAUAUGCAAGCAUAUAAUCAAGAUCAUUUCAAGCUUAUAAGUCUAAUAACAAAUCUGUUCAUAUAAUCGAUCAAACAUAGCAUAAUCCAAGAUGGCGAUCAUAGAAAUGCGAGUUCAUGUAGAUUGCCCCGGAUGCGAGAACAAGAUCCGAAAAGCUCUUCAAAGGCUCAAAGGGGUGGAGAACGUAGAUAUAGACAUGGGCUUACAAAAAGUGACAGUCACAGGAAUUGCCGACGAGAAGAAAGUGUUAAAAACGGUUAGAAAAACCGGACGGCGAGCCGAGAUAUGGAACAUACCUUACAACCCUGAUAUCCGUACACAUAACUACAACGUUAAUCAACAUGCUCAACAGCAACAACACCAAAAUGGUGCUUCGGGCCCAGCCCCCUCCGUGACAUUCUACACCCGACAACCUUCUUCUACGUCAUCGUAUAACUACUACAAACACGGUUAUGAUGACCACUAUGUUUAUAAUCCGGUCCAGUCCUCGGGUUUGAUCGGACACCAGACGGGUGCUGCGUUUAGUGAUGAAAAUACCCAUGCUGCUUGUAAAAUUAUGUAGAUAUAUACUCAUGUAUAAUAUAUAUUGAUUUGGAUGUUAUUACUCAGUCCAUAUAUGUACCAUGCUAUUUGUUAUUUUUUGUAAUUCAUUAAUGUGUUUGCUUAUUGUCAUAAAAGAUUAAUUAUAUAUCAUUAUAGCUUGCUAUCCGUAGCAAGCUAUUGGUGAGAUUAUUUGUUA